AGCGAGCUGGGGCUGUUGCAUUUCCUGGACAUCUCGGUGGGUCGGGAAGUGGCCGCGCUCCGAACCCGGAACGGCCGCGCCGGCGCCGUGGCCCAGAACCCGGCCAGCGGCGUCGUCCACCUCGGCCACGCCAACGGAACCGUUUCCCUGUGGACUCCCAACAUUCCCGAGCCCGUGGUCCGGCUCCUGGCCCAUCGCGGAUCCGUGCGCGGCCUCGCCGUCGACGCCUCGGGAAGCCUCAUGGCCACGUCGGGUUUGGACCGGAAGAUCCGGAUUUUUGACCUGCGGAAUUUCGGGAUCCUGCGGGAAUGGGGGGUCCCAACGGGGGCUGCACACCUGGAAUUCAGCCAGAGGGGGCUCCUGGCCAGCGCCUGCGGGGACCUGGUGCAG